GCCAAUGAUAAACAACGGAAACGUUUAUAUCGUAUUGGAUUAAAUCUAUUCAAUAAAAAACCAGAUAAAGGGUUAAAUUUUUUAAUAGACCAUGGAUUUCUGGAUGGGUCUCCUAAAAAUAUUGCAAGGUUUUUCAUCACCAGAAAGGGAGUUAGUAAGCAAAUGAUUGGAGAGUUUUUAGGAAACUUACAGAACCAGUUCAACAUGGAGGUCUUACAUUAUUUUACCGAAGCUAUAGAUUUAUCUGGACUGCAGGUAGAUAUGGCAUUACGGAAGUUCCAGGGCUAUUUCAGGAUGCCGGGUGAAGCUCAGAAGAUAGAACGGCUAAUGGAGGCUUUUGCAAGUCGUUACUGUGCAUGUAAUCCUGAUCAAGCAAAGUAUUUCAAAUCCGCAGAUACCAUAUUCCUGUUGGCAUUUGCAAUAAUUAUGUUAAAUACAGAUUUACAUAAUUCUAAUAUUAAACCUGAACGUAAAAUGAAACAAGACGACUUCAUCAAAAACCUAAGAGGAAUUGAUUCUGGUGAUGAUAUAGAUAGAGAUUUAUUAUUUGGUAUUUAUGAAAGAGUGAAAAGUCAGGAAUUUAAAGCUGGUGUAGAUCAGGUUACACAAGUUUUAAAAGUAGAACAAAGUAUAGUGGGAAAGAAACCAGUAAGUACUUUAAUUAACCAAUUACUGAUUGUUUAUUUACAGCAAUUAGCGUUAUCCCAUCGUAGAUUAGUUUGUUAUUGUCGGCUAUAUGAAGUACAUGAUCCGUGUAAAAAAGAAAAAAUUGGUUUACAUCAACGAGAAGUAUUUUUAUUCAAUGAUCAAUUAUUGAUAACUAAGAUAUUUAGUAAGAAGAAAUCAGUUAUAACCUAUAGUUAUAGAAUGUCAUUAUCAUUAUAUGGUAUGCAAGUUUUUCUCUUUGAAACCUCACAUUAUCAGUUUGGAAUUCAACUAACAAAUAAUUUAGAUGGUAAAGUAUUAAUGACAUUUAAUGCUAGAAAUGAUCAUGAUAGACAGAAAUUUGUAGAAGAUUUAAAGGAAUCCAUUUUAGAGGUG